AUGGAAGCGACCCGGCCGCGCGGCCGAGCUCGUCGGACGUGAGACGCGGAGACGGACGGGGGCCGCCUCGCGCGGCUGCGAGGAACGCGGCCGAGAAUGCGACGACCGACCAUGGCGUCCGUGGCGCGCGCGUGAUUGCCGAUCAGGCGGCUGAUCGUGAGAGCGAGAGAGAGAGAGAGGGGGGAGAACGUCAGGACGCGUCUACGACGAGAGACGUUGCGGAAGCGUAGCUCGUCCCGCCGCGCGAGCGGCGUAAACAAACGCUCCGGCCUACCGCCCUUGGUCACGUCCUCGCGGCUUCCUCUCCCACCCCGUGCGCUGCUCGACCACCACCGUCGUCACCGUGGGUGUCGCUCUUGGACACGUGCGCUCGGGCGGCUGCGACGGCUCCGCGCUCCAUCGCACGUGCGUGCGAUGUCCCGCGCGACGGCCUGAGAGGACGACGUGCUCCGGUUCGGGUGAGCGGCGAGAGCUCGCGGGAGGCUAUCGUUUCGGCAGGUAAAGAGCUUCGCCGCGUCCAUUCUGCAUGCCGCGUUCAUCUCGCCAGACGAACCCGGGCAUUUCCGGGGAGGGUCGCGCGCCUGGCGAACAUUUGCCUUUUCUCUUUACCGUGGAUUCCACGCCAUGUCUCUAGGCCGUGCUCAGCAGGUGGCGGAAGGUAGCUUUCGUGAGCGUCGCCACGUGAGAGAACGGAAAGAGUAGGAUUGUACAACGGCACUUCUGAUAUCCCCUGCUGAGUAAGACGUUUCUCGAAGAAAACGAUAAACUUGGCCGUGUGCCGUUAAGCAUUAAGUUUUCUAUGAUAAAAGUUGAGACAGCCGGCUGAAAGUAGUCUCGCAAGACUAAAAUCUUUUACAAAGUGCCUGUAAGGAAAUAUCGACUGAGAAAGGAAACUAUCGAACACGCCAGCUAAGUACUUGUUUGUUAAAAACAUUGCGUUUUGUAAAGGCUUGUCAUAGUAUAACUUGUAGUCGGCCUCGGUGGUCGAAUUGGUUGAGACGCCUGUCUAGAGUGUAGGGCGGUCCAGGUUCAAACCCUGGCUGAGGUAUUAUUUUUCGCAAUCAAUUUCUUUAAUUAGAAUUCGCCAGCCAUGGGUCGUCACGCAAUUUUCUACAUUGGUUAAUCAACUACUGGCGUUAAGUAAUUCUUUACGUUAUAACAGGUAAGUCCACUCCACCAUUUGGCUUGUUUUGCGUCUAUCCCUUCUGGGCAGACAAUGAGAGAAAAGUUGUAUGUGUAGUACCCUGAUAGCACAACAAGUCUCAGUUAUGUCUUAGUUAUGUGCUAUCAGGGUAGUGUGGCUUUAAUGAGUACGUAUACACAUACACACACACGUCGCUAGAUUCUGCCCGUUUUAUUACAAUUAGUUGUCUCGCCAACAGAAAGUUCUUGAGUAAUUGGACUCUUGUUGUUUGCAUCAGCGUAUUAAAUUUCUAUCGCCCACAGUGAUUAUGACCGAGACUUUACUAUUUCAUGCGUGUCUUAUCUGUUUGUCGACGGGCUCCGAAAAAGCGUAAAGUCAAACAAAAUGGUGCAGUACGAAUGUAUAAUAUAUGUUGUCUGUGUUACAGGAAGGGGAGAGGCAUUUUGAAUGGGACAAUUAAACAAUGUGGGUGUUAAGUUAACAGACGAUUAGUGUUGUGCUUAAACGUGUGAGACAUUCCAUAUCGGUAAAGUACACGUUGCUACACUUGAUGGACGGUGCGCACCAUGUCUAAUAGUCUAGACAGCUUUCUCACACGCAUCGGGGAUGUCACAAUUGAGCGCGUGACUCCACGUGGCGGUUCCAAGUCCACCGGCGAGGCGAACGUGAUGACCGAUGAGAUUGCGACGGGAAGCAUGAACGAGCCACAGGCGGCCAAUGACGAGAGCUCGGACGAGUCGAGCGGCGAGACGACGGACGGGGAGCAGGAGAAGAAGCUCGACGCCCUGCAGUCCGAGGAGAUAGAGGAGAUACGCUCGGAGGGCUCGGGGGACGACAUGGACCUGGACGAGACGAUCGACUCGCAGAUCGGCGUGAGGGUGGAGUCGGAGAGGCAGCAGCACCAUCCGUCCCCGGAGGACGACGAUGAGGAGCAAGUUAACAUCUUGGAUACUUUACCUCUGGAAGGAGCGCCUAUAGAAGGUCAAGAGGUGUCCGAGGCCGAUUUGCUGGGAAAACCAAUAUCGAAGGAUUCGGAAGAUGAGGACAGUAUGGAUAACGAGAACGGACAGUCCACUGGGGAGGAGGGCGGCGACGGUAACAAGAGGCACGUCGACUCCGAUCACUCCGACAGCGCGAAGAAGAAAGUGAAGAAGGACGACGGUAGUACCGAGGGUAGCACGUCGGAGUGCGAGCUCAAGUCGGAGAAGAAGCUGUCCAAUAUGCGACGAAAUAUCCGGGAGGUGAUGGACGAGACGCAACUGGACGAGGCCACGUUGUCCGCGCAGAGGCAGGAAAUGGAGCGUCUCAGACGAGUGCAGGAGCAGCAGAGGAUUAUCCGCGAGGUGCAGCGCCAGAUAGCGUUUAAUCGGCAGAAUAAUAAGGCGCAGACGCGCGUCAUCAGUCUCUUGCAGGGUAAACAGAAUCAGGCUGGCACCACCAUGAUCUCGCAGUCGUCUUCCCCGUCGUCGUCGUCGUUUCCGUCGACGACGUCCCCGUCGUCCACUCAGGUCCGUCUGCCAAGCACCGUGCUACUGAAAGUGAACUCUGGCGCCGGCACCGGUGCUCAGUCCACUCAGAUGACUAGUGGGAUGCAAGCGGCACAGAUGCAGAGGAGAUCGAUCGACAGCGGGCUGCGUUGGCAGAAAGGCAGAGGCGGCUAUCAAGGAGCGCAGACGUCCAUCUCGCGUGUCCCGAAUCGCUCCGGCGCGCCAAAUAUGUUGCAACAAAGGAUCCGCAUGAUGACACCGUCCGUGAGCAUAUCGCCGGUGGUGCCUAAGAAGGAACCGAUGGACCGUGCAGACUAUUAUUCUGAUUCGGAAUUGUCCGACAUAGAGACCGAAGAGGCGAUACGUUGCGAGAAGCAGAUGCACGCGGCGCGAAAGAUAUCCGGCGCGCCCAAGUACCAGAGACCGCCCAAAGGCAAGGACGUGGUGACGAUAUCUAGCUCGAGCGAGAGCUCCGACGACGACUGCAUAGUUCUUAGCGAUCCUAGCGGCGAGGAGGAGACCGACACCGAGGACGAUCCAUCCAACUCGGGGAUGCACACCAACGAUCGUUACAACAUUCCAGACGAGCACGGCCGGGUGUUUAUCAACGUGGGCCAUCCCGAGAACGAGCCGGAUGUGUAUCUAGCGCCCCAGGUCGCCCGUAUCAUCAAGCCGCAUCAGAUCGGCGGCAUACGCUUCCUUUUUGACAACAUCGUCGAGACGAUCGAGAGGUACAAGACCAGUAGCGGCUUCGGUUGCAUCCUUGCCCACAGCAUGGGCUUAGGCAAGACCCUCCAAGUCGCCAGCUUCUGCGACAUCUUUUUUCGAUGCACCACUGCCAAGACUGUCCUUUGCAUCAUGCCUAUAAACACGCUUCAAAACUGGCUGGCGGAGUUCAACAUGUGGCUACCGUAUGAAGAUCCCGCCACUACCGCCGAAAAGCAGUCCAAGGCGACGAACGUGAAAGUGGAGCCGGGAACGGAUGUGAAGCAUGAGGUGAAGGAGGAAAGUUGCGGCAACCAGAGCGACUUGUCUAACAUGUCGCGGCCUAUCAGCACGGAGUCCGCGCACCGUUUUGGUCAGGAAGCAGCAACCGCUGUCGGUGCGUCACAACAGCCGGUGAACGUCAUGCCGGAGAAUCCCUACGCGAAUCCCCAUCACGGUUACGAACAGCGCAACAUGAUGCCGAGCUACAUGCAGGAUCCUGCUAUGAUGAAUAAGAACAUGGCUGAGUCUCACGUGCCGCAUAUGCCGCCGAGCUAUCAUCAGGGAGAGAUGCCGCAGAAUCCAUUGUACAACGCGAAUCCGAAUCCGCUGUCCAGCUUCCCCGACUCGAUGAAGUCGGACUCGGUAAACUGCCAUGGUAUGCCGCCCGGGCAGAGCAUCACGAGCCCGAAAUUCGGCAUGGAAAAUCAGGCAACCGGUGUUAUGUAUCCUGGCAUGGAGAAUCGACCGCAGGGCGUUUCCAUGUAUCCCGAUAUGGAGAAUCGAAACGCCGCGGCGAUGUAUCCAGGCAUGAGUAAUCACCAUCCCGGCCCAAUGUAUUCCAAUUACAAUAGCAUCCCCGGCACUUUCGCGAGCUACGGUAGUCAGACGAAUCAACAAGAGCUGGAACGAGAGCCGAAGAAAGAGAACAUGCUGCCGGAAGAAAUGUCUCUCCCGAGCACUGAGGUGAAUGUGAAGAAAGAACCGGAGGAGACGAUCAAGAAGGAAGAGGGCACAUCGACAACGAAGGAGGAACUAGACGUGAAAAAGGAAACGAUAGAGAAGGUGAAAACGCCGCACAACGUAGACGCGCCAAUCGGCCUGGAGGUACGGCCGAGGAACUUCCGCCUGCACAUCCUGAACGAUUCGCAUAAAACGAUGACUGCGAGGGCGAAGGUGAUCCAAGAGUGGCAAUCGACCGGCGGUGUUUUGCUAAUAGGAUACGAAUUGUUCAGACAGUUGUCUUUGAAGAAGCCGAAUAAAGCGAAGCGGAAACGCGGACAACCCUUCAAAGACACGGUAGACGUGGAGGAGGAAGAUAAGAACAAGGGUCUGCUGGACGAGAUGCACACGGCUCUGGUGAAUCCUGGACCGGACCUGGUGAUCUGCGACGAAGGCCAUCGAAUUAAGAACUCGCACGCGAGCAUCAGCAUGGCGUUGAAACAGAUGCGCACGAAACGCAGAAUCGUGCUGACCGGUUAUCCGUUGCAGAACAAUCUACUCGAGUACUGGUGCAUGGUGGACUUUGUCAGGCCCAAUUAUCUGGGCACCAAGAGCGAGUUCUGCAAUAUGUUCGAGAGACCGAUACAGAACGGCCAGUGCAUCGACUCCACGCCGCAGGAUAUGCGGUUGAUGCGAUAUCGCGCACACGUGCUGCACGCGUUGCUCGAGGGUUUCGUGCAGAGGCGGUCCCAUUCCGUGUUACAGAUGUCGUUGCCGCGCAAAGAGGAGUACAUCCUCCUCGUCAGAAUGACGACCCAUCAACGCAAAUUGUACGACACAUUUAUGAAUCAGGUAGUGAAAACGCGCGCGGUGCCGAAUCCGUUGAAAGCCUUCGCCGUGUGCUGCAAGAUCUGGAAUCACCCGGACAUUCUGUACCAUUUUCUCCGCAAGCGUCAAGCGAACGAGGAGGAUGACUUGGAUCUGGAGGAAACUAUAGGUGAAAAAGCCGCGGCGGGCGGCAAGAAGUCUAAAGCGCGCCAGCCGAAAGGGGAAUCCAAGAAAGCCAAGAAGGGCACGACGAUAAAGAACAAACCCGCGGCUAGCGUGCAACCGAACGCUUCCUCGUCGUCCAACGAUAACGCGGAGACCGAGAGUGCGCGCAGUACUCCGAAACCAAAUAACUACACUAAUUAUACGAUGCCAGUUUCCAAUUCGGGAUAUUCGAAUUCCGUGCCGCAGGGAUCCUAUCCUCCUCACGGUUAUCAAAACUAUCGUCCGAACGAUCAAAACACGUACUACAGGAACGAUAAUAGCAAUCACGGAGAAUAUAAUCACGGAGAGUUCUAUAAUAAUCAGGGACAACAAAGGUAUGGCAAUCAACAACAGUUCCAGUCGUACACUCAGACGUCGACGAGCUACAACACGUCGCAGGGCUACGCCAAUCAGUCGCAGAACUACAUGCAGCCGAACGACCGGUCCGCGAAUCACCCUCAGAGGUACGGCGGUGCAGCGGCUGGACCCGACUUCAGAUCAGAUCAGAAUCAAGGAAACAAUUACGAGGCACCCGGGAUGUUUCCACGGCAGAACUAUCCCUAUCAAGAACAGCAGCGCAAUUAUACGCCGAAUCUAAAUCAAGGGCCUAGCAAUUAUCCCCAGGUGCCGAAUCAACCCGCCUUCCAGUCUCAGAUGCCGAGUCAGUCCGCGAACAUGCCGAUGCCGGAUUACUCGUAUACUGCGAAUCAAAAUCAGAAUUACACGCCGACGCCGGCUCAGGCGAAUCCGAUGUAUCCGCGAAACGACGCGCAGCCGCUGCAAAACUCAACGAUGGGCUACCAGGCGUCUCAGCAAGGUCAGCCACCGGCGGCCCAGACACAGACCACCGGUUACAUGGCGCCGCAGCAGAAUCAGAGCAACACCUCGCCCGGCCAAAAUCGCGGCUUCUCGCCGAACCAGCAGAAUCAGAAUCUGGGCUUGCAGAAUCAGUCUCACUCGUACGCGAGCCAGCAACCGCAGGGUGUGCCUCUUCAGGGCCAGGGGCACGGCUAUCCUGCACAGGUGAACCCGCCUCCCCCGCAAACUCCGCACACGUUUAACCAGCAGUCAGCUCCGAUGUCGCAAACCCCAUCUCACGGUUACAUGCAGCCGAAUCAACCGAAUCAAGUGCCCAUCCCACAGGGUCCGAUGCGCGGCUACGCUCCGGCGCCGCAGGGUCAGAUGGGCGUAGCGCAGAACCAACCCAAUUACCCGAGCAAUCAACCCGCGCAGAACGUUAACGCACAGAAUCAGACGCAUAGGUAUCCUCCGGAUCAGUCGAGUCAGGCGCCGAAUCCGCAGAACGCGGUCCACGGUUAUAAUCACCACGUAGUUCCCCAGUCCGCGGCUUCCAAUCAAGCAGGACAGUAUUCUCAGCCGAAUCAGCCAGGUCCGGCGGUACCGCCGUCGAGCCAGACGCAUCCCGGCUAUCCGUCAAAUCACCCAGGACCAGCCGCGAUGCCGCAGAAUCCCGCGCAUCGAUACGGAGCCCCGCAGCAGACGCAGGUGGCUCAGAAUCAACCUAUGGCGUAUCCGCCGAAUCAGCAACAGUCGAAUCCAACUCUGGGUCAGAACGAUCAGCUCUAUCCCAGGCCGGACGCCGCGGUGCCGCAGCAAACGCAGACUUACGCUCCGACCGCGGGCGAAUUUUCCAACGAUCGCUCGGGCGCGGGCGCCGCCGGUAAUCCUAGUAAUAAUUACACCGCCAAUCAACCGCAGGCGCAGAAUCCCGUGAUGCCGAAUUAUCCGUCGGACGGCCCGCAUCAGAACCCGGCGGCGGUCGGGCAGAUUAAGGACGAGCCUUAUUACAUGCAGCGCAAUUACCCGCAGCAAACGUUCCGAUCGAAUCAGCAAUGUGGCGAUUCGUACUACAGAGAUCAGAUUAAUCCUAGCAUGAGCCGCUAUCCGAACAAUUACUUCCCGCCGCAGAACUAUCCAAAUCAGUCGUACGACUAUGCGACUACCGGUCAUGGCACGGACAUGAAUCCGCGGCCCGACGAGUCCAAGACCUCGCAGCAACCCAUCGGUGCUCAUCCCCCUAGCGCGCCGUGCGACAAGAGCAGUAAGGAUAUGACAUCUAGCAUCGGCGUGCAGAGUCAACCGUUGCAUCAGAAUAAUCUCUCCGGCGUACCAAGCUACAACGCGGAACCGAAUUGCCAGAGUUCGGCAACUCCCGCGCCAAGAACGGCACCGGGAGUCAAUUCGACGCACAGUCCUCGAUUGAAUCAGAGCGAAUUAGGAAAGGAGGACGAGAGAGAAAAGGAGGAUCAAGUUGAUAAGGAUAAAGAGGACAAAUCCGACGACGAGAUUCUCGCGAAAGAUGAGGAGAAAGACUGCAAGAGCUCUCCUAGCGGGAAGGAUGAUCCUGGAAUUCCUUAUGAUUGGGCGACAGAGUUGAUGAAAGAUUACGUACCUGAAUUAAUAGACGCGUCCGGAAAGAUGACGCUCUUCUUUUGCAUUCUGGAGGAAGCUAUUAAACUAGGGGAUCGUGUGCUCGCAUUCUCGCAGUCGCUGUUUACAUUGAAUCUCAUAGAAGACUUCUUAGGGCGAAAUAGCUUAAAGCAUCCGGAUGGUCAAACCGACGCCUGGAUUAAGAAUGUGAAUUAUUACAGACUGGACGGAAGUACGAGCGCGUUAGAGCGAGAGAAGCUGAUCAACGAAUUCAAUAACAAUCCGAAGAUUCACCUCUUCCUCGUUUCUACACGAGCUGGCUCGCUGGGUAUCAAUCUUGUCGGUGCGAAUCGUGCGAUCGUAUUUGAUGCUUCCUGGAAUCCUUGUCACGAUACGCAAGCAGUAUGCAGAGUCUACAGAUACGGCCAACAAAAGCCAUGCUUCGUUUAUCGAUUGGUCACUGAUAAUUGUCUGGAAAGGAAGAUCUACGAUCGACAGAUCAGUAAACAGGGCAUGGCGGACCGUGUGGUCGAUCAGUGCAAUCCCGACGCACAUCUUUCGCUGAAGGAGGCGACUACGUUAUCGUGGGACUGGGAAGAGGACAGCCAAGUGCAGGAUUUUUCGCAGAUCAAGAACAGUUACACGGACGAAGUUAUGCACCGUGUGCUGGAACGCCAUUCCUCCUUGCUUACCAAACAACCAUUUCAUCACGAGAGUCUGCUUGUUGAUCGGAAAGACAAGAAACUCAGUCAAGCUGAGAAACGAUUGGCCCGUCGCGGCUACGAGCUUGAAAAGAUGGCGGCUAAUUGUUCGAGACCCAGUUAUAACUAUGUUCCUGGAAAUACAGCCACGCGAGCAGGUGGAUUACAAAUCAGAGCAAUUCGCGGCGGCGAUGGUGGCACCACGCCGAAACCUGUUGCGUCUGUCAGACCUAUGCAACAGCGAGGUGCUGAAGGAUUAAAUCCGCGUGGUGUUACUGGUAGCAGAUGGAUUCCGGCGGAAGUGUGGCAGAGACAAGGGAUGAGUGCGCAAGAAAUGACGCUACCUCUAGAUGUAGUUAUACCGACCAAUUCCCCGGACAAAGGAAGUAUCGUUCUGAAAGCGGGUCAACGGGUGAUGGUGUUGAAGAGUCCGAAGGGCAUUUAUAUGCAACUUGAAUCCGGCAAAAUUAUAGCAAUUCGUACUGCGCUUAAAUUGAAUCAACAAAAGCGAGAAGAGGAGCCGAAGAAAGGACUUUCCUCGAUGAUACAGAGAAAUUCCAAGCCCGAGGUUGGUUUUCCCUUACGGAAUAACUCGGCCAUUUCCAUAAUACCAAAGUCGUCCUCGAGUAACCAGACUGGCGGCCGGCCUCUCAAUAAACCAUCACCGAGCCCUGGUUACAAACCAUUCGGUGAUAAGGAAAUUUCUAAACGACCCAAACCAGUUACAGCGACAGCGAAACCUUAUUUGAGUCAAGUAAACUUGACCAAUCAAGUUUCUCUGUCGAGACUACCCAAAGUCAAGCAAGAGCCAAUGGAUCAUUCCACGCUCGGUGACAAUUCAAACUCGUCCGACGGUCAGCUGAGAACCGAGCAACGUGUCGAGGAGGUCAGAUUGGAAGACGUGGUGGCAGAAGUAAGCUCGAAUACCGAGUAUAGUCCCUCUAAUCACACUCGUACCACUAAUUCGGACACGGAUACAUCUCUGCCGAAAUCCUCCGAGGAAGGCACUCAGGUUUACACGCCCGAAACCGUCUCCCUUGUGCAAGGCGUUCAAACACAACACGACCACUCUGAGCCAGAAAUGCCGCCAACCGCUGACAAGCAGUGUUCACCGCCGGAGAAGGAGCCUCCCAAGCCAGACGCGUUAACAAAUUACGGUCGACCGUUCCACAAUCAAGCGGAGAAGCGAGAAAUUUCGAGUGAAGAUAUGGCCAUUGAAGAAGCGUCUCAAGUGACGUCACAAAUGACGCCACCACAGGCGUCACCACAGGUGACACCGCAGAUGACACCACAGGUAGCAACGCAGACGCACGGACUUGCGCCUGGUCUGAUGUCUUCUCUGCUGACGCCAUCGGUCAUGCCGGUACCAACAACCAUGUCGAUAGCACCAAGUUUACCUGUUCCGUCAAGUAUGCCGCCGAACAUGCCGCCAAGUUUACCAUCGAGUAUGUCAGUAUCAUCGAACAUGCCACCGAACAUACCGUCGAGUAUGCCGAUAUCGUCGAGUAUCCCACCGAGCAUGCCGAUAUCGUCGAGUAUGUCAUCGAGUAUGCCAGUAACGUCAAGCAUGUCGCCGAGCAUAUCGUCGAGCAUACCGAUACCAUCGAGUAUGCCGAUACCGUCGAGUGUGCCGAUACCGUCGAGUAUGCCAAUACCAUCGAGUGUGCCGAUACCAUCGAGUAUGCCGAUAUCGUCGAGCGUACCGGUAUCGUCGAGUAUACCGGUGCCAUCGAGCGUACCGGUACCGUCCGCAUCUUCAAGGGGCUCGGAAGCACCGAAAAGUAUCGCCGAUUCCGUCGCCAACACGACGUCGACCGUUUCCGUAUGCACCAGUACCAAUAUUACUUCUCCGAAGAGCGCCGAACCGACUACGAGUAUGCGAGACAACAUGAUCCAGGGCGAGCCGACACCGAGCGUACCCCAGGGAUAUCCCUACGCUCAAUAUCCAAGAUACUACGACUACAGCGACCCGCGUUCCCGCACGCUGUCUAAUCCCUACGGCACUUACUUCCCCGGCGUUCCACCGCACACGGCGAAUCCCAGCAGUAGACUGCCAGUAGACACGACGAAGCCUCAGCCGGACCUAGGCAAGCCUAUGGACGAGAGGAACGUGAUGAACGUGCCUACCGCUUACUCUUCUCAAAUACCGAGCAUUACUGCCAAAACGCUAACGAGUAACUCUGCGACGGAGUCGAAGGGUACGGACAGCACGACGGUGACUACUACAGUGGCCUCAUCGAGUAGAGACGAGACGCAUAUACCUACCGCAUUUAGUCAUCCUACUAGCACGCGGUACCCAGGACCUUACCCGCCGGGCCCGUACGACCCGUACUCGCAGCAUUAUCCACCGGCGCCUGGCUCUUCUGCAGCUUAUCCUCCAGGUGGAGCACCCGGUUAUCCAGCAUACGGUGGACCCAGCUACAACACAGAUUAUGCCCGCAUGUACUCGGCGUUCCAUGGUCCGCCGCCUCCGACGGAUCCCUACAUGCACAGAGGAUACGCACCACCGUCUUCGCAUCCCCCUAAUUACUACACGCCGUUCCCGCAUCCCCCGCCGCCCUACCCCAAUUAUUCGUUCCUGCCGUAUCCGAAUCCGAAUAUGUCCAGCGAGCCCCAACCACCCGCUCAGUAGGGAAGCAUCGCGGCUGAAGAUAAUCCUGGAUUAGUGGCCGUGAAAAACGUGAAAGCCGUCGCAAAGACUUAAAAGCCGCGGUUGCGAAGCUUAAUAGACUGAAGCUGUAAAACGCAUCGAUGUAAAUAUUUAGUCAGAAAUAUUGAGAUAUUAAGAGGAUAUUUGAUGGCUGGUAUUCGAGCACUUCGCAAUACCAAUAUGUAAUGUCGUGAAGGACGAGCGCGAUCGCCGUCAAUAUUGAACCGUGCAAUCUGUUGAAAUGUUCAGAAUAUUUUAACUCUCUUGACUUUGGCUGCGUUCCGAUAUUCGUUGCCAAGUACUGAAAAACUAUAGUAUAAGACAUAAACUACAGAUUUUCAGUACUGGCAGUGAAUAUCGGAACGCAGCCUACGUCGACGCCGAUCCUGCGAUGCGUUUUUGUUCACUAGUUAAUGUACAUUGAUGUACUCGUCAAGCGAUACAAAUCACUUCUCUGUUCGGUACCCCAGUUUCAUAAGGGGCGGCGUCAAGCAAGAUUUUUUACGAAUGCUUAGAUUAUGCAAUUUAGAUUAUAUAUGUUUCAUACAUAAUUGCGUUCCCCGUGACUUUUUCUACUUUUUGUACUUGCGCGCUGUGCUUUGUCAGAUUAGCCUUCUACACAAUAGCUUCUUGACGUCGAGAACUGAUGAGUUGUUGACGCGUAUGACUCUGGGAGCAUCGAAGGAGGAGUAAAUUGUACCAUCCGAAUGAUCGGAGGAAAAUGAGGAGCGCUGUAUACUAUCGUUUAGCUUCACGCGUUACAUUCAAUCACUUAGCUCAUUUUUUGUAUAUCUUGUAUAUUAUUUUUGUAACAAAGAGGGGGAUGUGGUCAUUGCAACAGAACAAAAUUUUGCAACAAUGGUUGAUAAUUGCCCAUGACGCGUUCCUGGUUCACGAGACCCAAGAAUUAGAGAUGACAGCAUGGUUAAAAGCAGACUUGUAUAUGAGAUUUUGAGUUCACAUCUUUUUCAAGGCUCAGUUAUGAUAUUAAUCAAUAACGAUAUGUUUUACGAGUAAUACCUUAGAAUUUAUACGUAAGAUUUUUAUAUAGUUUUUGUUAUUUUUUUGCUUUUUUUUACCAGAUGACUUUGCACGGUGCUAUCUGAAAUUUUCCAGGCUUUAAUGAAAAAAUGAUUUGUAAACAAACUUCCAUGACAAAUUUGCGACUUCGCGAUUUUGUAUUUGAUCGACUGGUCCCCCUUCAUGGUGAUACGGCAAGAGUAAUGAAUAUUGGCAAGCUGUCGAGGCAUUGACAUUGAAACUAUAUUAUGUAAUGCAGAUUGAAACUCUUCCGCGCAUGAAUCAUGUUAGAAUCUGCUGUUCAGUGAGAUGCUUUCUUCAUCGUACAACUUCAUGCCAUAUAUAAUUGUUACGCGACUCCCGGUGAUUCGAUGCUUCUACCCUGAAAUUGUUUCUCUUAAGAUCUAUAUCUUACAUACGAGAUGUUACUCAAAUCCGUGUUACUCAAACCGUGCUUUUUAUCCCAACAAAUAGCUAUAGUUGUAAUAUGAACUUUCAUCUUUGCGACACUUUGAAUGGAACUAAAUCAGGGAUUUUAGUAAAUGAUAAUUGCGCGAUAAGUGUUUGAAAUUCCGAUAAUUUAUAUUAUUUGGUAAUAGAUAAAAGACAACUUGAGGGGGAAAGCAACGGAUCGCGCGGAGAUAAGUUUCGUUUGCAUUAUGCAUCACUCUUCCGUAUGAAUAUACUUUUUUUUUUACAGUACUCACCGUAUCGUACUCUUUUUCUCGACGAGCGCUGAAAUCAGUUGCUGUUCUCCGCGGCUGUCCGUCAAUGCCGCGUCUACGUGUCGUCUCUUUCAAAGCAUUUUCCGCAUACAAUACAUUUUAAACGCGUAACACAUACGUACAUACAGUAUUCAUGAAACAUUUAGCAGCCAGUAAAUUACAGUCUACAGCAUCCCUAGCGAGUUGUAUAUGGACUACGUAUUAUACUAUUAAACGUUACGGUUUCCGAAGUAGAUAAUCUUACAGUAGAGCGUAGGAUUGUUGUUAACUAGAAAUGUCUUACGACUUAUGGAAAGAAAGGAGGGAGGAAGGAAAGAAAAAGAGAGAGAGAGAGAGGCGCGGGUGCAAGGAGAGCUCGCCGUCUCUCGGACCGCGUAACGUACGUAAGCGUUAAAGGGGAGAGCCAUGAUUUUCAGGAAGCGACUCUUCAGACUCGGAACUGUGAUAUUUUAUUAUUAAUCUCGUGUCGAAUUCGCGCUGCACGCUCUUGCCCGGAAUCGAAGUCGCCGAACCGUUGGUUUCGGCGGGGAGUCUCGCGGGUGGGCCCUUUGCCCUCCCCCCUUACGAAAGCAGGGAGGUGUGUCCCCACCCGCGACGCUCGGUCGAAAUUGUUGCAUUUACGUUUAGCGUAAGUCAAUCGGGUGCACGAGAUGGCUAAUCCGUUUUUCCAAGUGGGACGCAGAGGCGCGCACGGGUCUAUCAUGGUGCUCCCUGUAUACAUUAUUAUUAUAGACCAGUGGUAUUCAACCCCUUUCGACCCCCGGCGUUUCGAUCCUCCUCCUUCGAGCUCCUCGUGCCCCCUUUAAAGAUGUAUAUUUGGAGCAGGUUUCCCCGCCUCCCCCCAGAAUUUCGUAUACUCUUCCGAAGACGCGCGCUCUUUUAUACAACUGUUUCCUUUUGUUUUCUACAGUAAGCUUCGCGUUCUCGCUCGGUACUGCGAGUCCCUCUCGCACGUUCCUUCGGCAAGGACGAGGGUGGCGGCAGCUCCCCGUAGAAAUUCUCCUGGGGGUACAACACGAUGAAGUUUUAAUCCUCCUUUUUUUUCUUUUUUAUACAUGUACACGCAUCCUCGUACUUACCAAAGUUCUCCUUUUAGCAGAUCGCGCCCACGGAUCCUCCCAGACCGCGAGAGUCUCGGCGCCCCCGGCGCGCGCGGGGGAGGCCACUCCAGGUUGAAUACCUCUGAUUAUAGACGAAUUAAUUAAUCUAGCGAGAUAAGCGUUCACAUGCUGGAUAUAUGAUUAGUAAUACUGUGUCUCCCGCGGCGGGUCUCGGUGUUGUCUGUUUGCCGCUCGAUGAGACGUCCUCUCCCGCCCUCCAUGUCCUUCCUCCCCUCGCCCCGACCCCUUGUUUACUUGGACGUGUCGCGGCCGCACGUUUCGUAGGUUCUAAGUGUACAGGUGUUACGUUUUAAGCGCGACGCUCAAGUAAGCUGUGCAAUCCCACGCGAACAGGCGACAGGGAGACCGUUGCGUUAAAAAAAAAAGAACGCGAAGAAGGGAAAGGGAGAAAGAGCCAUUGUUCUGAAAGUGGUCGCGGGGCUCCGGAACAUUCGGGAUUCGCGGGUCGUCGCCACCAAACGUGACCGCCCUUCCUCCGCCCCGGGCGCGACUGCCGAGUUCUGUUUCGUGUAGCAUAAAGAUCAACCCUCGGCGUCGCCGUGAGACCGGAAGUCGCGUGGCCGCGGUCCUCGCGCCGUGACGCGCCACGGCCCUUCGAGUUCCGUUCGCGUGACUCGCACAAAUCGCACUCGAUGUUGCUCGAGGGUUGAAUUGCGGGCGCCACGAUCACGCGUUACCCGGUGAGAAAUGAUUCGUCGAUCGACGAGUCGUUUCUCACUGGGUAGCGUCUUUCACGGUCAACGCGGGUCCCCGUCAAUCCUCUUGGCUCAUCGUUAUGUAUAAUUUAUAUGUAAUUUAUUAUAUAACUCGUUAUAUAAUUUAUUAUAUAACUCGUUAUAUAAUUUAUUAUGUAUAAUUGCGGCGCAGACGAACGAGAAAGCGGGCAUUUGACUUUUUCGCGGAUCGACCCGCGCGCCACCCUCAGAACAAGCGGCUCGGAUAUCUGCAGAAGGGAAAGCAAUUAUUUCAUCUCUGUUAUAGCUUCUUUUGCCAUUUUACAUACUUGUACAUACCCAUUAUUUACAUUUCAUACUUUAUUUAUUAUUAUACAUUAGCCAUUAUUAUCGCUUCUUUUCGAUGUCAGAGUAUUACCCUUAUGUAAAAUAAAUUGUUUACACUGAUGAGAA